AUGCGUGGCGGCGGCGGGAUCAGUUUCUACCUCUUUUUCCUCCUCGUUUUUAGCAGGAGCGAAGCUCGGGAAAUGCAUUCGAAACGACACCAACAACUUUUCAAAGAGUUGAAGAUACCACCGAUAUCCCCUUUGAACCCAUCGAAAGACUUCUCCGUGAGCGAAGCGAUCAGGUUUCGCCGUUUGAGCGGGGCGGCGUAUUGCGAACGAGGGUUACAAAACUGGACGUGUGAAUUUUGCGACGAACAAUCCUUGGUGGACGUGACCGUGUUUGAAUCGGAGAAGCGAUUCGUGAAAGGUUUUAUAGGGUACGAUAAGGAGAGGCGACGAGCGGUGGUCUCGUUUCGAGGGACCGAGCCGAAAUCGUUCGAGAAUUGGUUGGAAAAUUUGGAUGCCACGCACGCGGGGUUCCCGGUGGCUGAUUUUGAAGGGAAAGGAAGAGUUCACGCGGGGUUUUUAGAUGCGUACGUGCAGAUUCGAUUGAACUUGACGUACGCCGUCGCGAGGUUGAGCGAGAAGUAUAGCAGUUUUGAAUCGGACGAUGAUGGUGUUCGUUUGAGUGUAGAAGAAAAAGGAGAAAAGAAGGAUGAGAGUAGCAGUAAGAAUGAGAAAGAUUUGCCACCCUUUCCGAUUGAAAUUACCGGGCACUCGUUGGGCGGAGCCUUGGCGACGAUCGCGGCGAUGGAUUUGGAAAGCGGCAAUCACGAUCCCGAUCGGAAACACAUCAUACAGAAGAAAGUGGACGUAAAGAGCGUGUAUACGUUUGGAUCUCCGCGCGUUGGCGAUGGCGUGUUUGCGGAGAUUUACGCAGAACGGCUCGGUUUCAAAACGUACAGAUUGACUCACGGAAGAGACGUCGUGCCUUCCGUACCGAAUACUCUUCUGGGAUUUCGCCACGUCCCGACCGAGGUGUACGAAGAUCGAAACGGAAAUAUCACCAUCGGCGAUGGAAGCGGUGAAUGGAAAGGCGGCGAAGAUCACGUGUGGAGACGGUAUAGCGUGAGCGAUCACUUGUAUUAUUUAGGAGAAUACAUUUGCGGGUGCAAUUCUUGA